GAGUAUUUGCCUCCACACAGGUGAUCAAAAAUAACGCGGAAUGUUAGUGAAAUAACUUCAAUUUCCUCUUGCGUUCGUUAGUGGUUUUGCGUUUAAGGAAUACAUUUGCCGUCUGCAAUAAUAAAUGAUUGUUUUUCAAUUGAUUUAUUUGGUUGUGUGUAUCACAUAAGAUUCGAAUAAUAUACUGUAAACGAGUAAAAAGAAGGAAUAAUGAAAAUGCUUAUGAAUAUCAAAGAAACAAAAAGCUGAUUUAUUUUUGUUUUUCUGGAAAUAUUGUUCUAACAUUAAGACGGAUAUACUAUCUGUGAUUUAUUAUUUGGAUAUAUUUAUAUCUGUUGAAAACAAUUCAGAAUGGAAUCCGAGGACGAAAAUAACGAAAUAUUUCGUCAGCCGAAGAAGCAGAAGUCAGUUCGUAUCGUAGACGACAGACCGGAUAUAGUUGAAAUAAAAGAGAAGCAUUCACCUUUAUAUAAAUCUAUUCCUAAACUUCCAAUCGGUGCCGCUGUGACAUUGUGCAUUUUAAACAUUGUUGUUCCAGGUUUGGGGACAUUUAUAUCGGCGUUUACAGUAUUAUGUGGUGCCCCAACAGCGCUCAACAAGAGGACUGCGGCUUUUUUAUUCAACCUUCUUUCAGCAUUCCUCCAAAUGAUCACCUUCAUUAUCAUCGUUGGCUGGGUUUGGAGUAUAUUGUGGGGUAUGAACAUGGUCACACUUGCUAUGAAUUGGGGAGAGGAAAAGAGAACUCCAUAUUAUUGUCGCCGACAGAGUAGUAUCGACGUCCCUUGAUUUCAACGCCUUAAACUUUGUCCACAUGUUAAACAGUCAAACUCGCUCAUACAGUUUGAGAACUGAGAAUAGUGAUAAUAAAAUAAAUAUACUAAAUAAGUAUUUUUGGGUAACUUGAAUAAUAGAAAGCUUCGGAUUGUCAGUAUUGUUGAACUAUUUUCUAAAAUAGUUUUUGUAACGUUUCAAGCACACUAUGGAUCUGAUAUGUGAUCAAAAGAUGUAACAGAUGGUUGCAACGUCCAGUUUUAUGUUGUUUUAAUUAAUUUGUGUGUGACCUUUUUGUGUAAAACAAGAAAAAAUUUAUGUAGACAGUUCACACUUUUUCAUUCCGCUUUUAUAUCUGAAUAUGUACAUAUGUACUCCUUGCAUAAAGUAGAAUGUGGCUUUAAUCAAAGUUUGUCAUAUAACUGCUACCUUUUGUAAUAAUUUAUAGCGAAAAUGCGUUGCUUUUAUUCUUGAAACGCUUUUAAAAGUUAUUUGUGUAAGAACUUGAGGUCAAUGGAAUAAAAAUAUCAGAAAUGGAAGUUUAAAAGUAUAAUAAUAAAAAUAACAGUGCUCUACUUCGUAUUAAGGACGUACAUUAUUUACUCCUGAAACACCGAUUACAGUUUAUGUAUGUGUGUUGUAGUAAACAUGAAUACAGACAAAUGAUACAACAAGAAAACAGAAGCAGGCAUCAGAAAAAACAACAUCUCUACAUUGGAAUAUGUGAAAGUUUAAUCAGUUAAAAUGAACUGAUAUCAAUACGAGGAAUGUGCCAGAUAUUUAUAAGUCUGACUGCAUGACACUGGUAAUGCGAUAAAGAUUGAAUGUAAGCAGUUAAAGACACUGUAUUAUCACCAGAUACUGUAAAGAUUUACAACAUACUUAACCCUUACCACGCUAAAUAUCUUAAACUGUCAAUUUUCAACUUGGACAUUGUGUUAGAGAAAAAUUCAAUGUUCGUAUUUGCUAAAAAGUGAAAAAUGUAUAUCAAGAGACGGUGCGGAUGUAACGAAUGACCAUGCCCUGCAUUAGCUGUAUGGUUAGACUUUGUUUCCGGGCAGCAACUUGAAGCAAAUCCUUUAGUUUCAAUGUGUCCAUCUUCUUAAUUUAGAAUCUUUUCAAACGAAGCCCCGCCUUUCUUACUGUUUUCCCUCACACGUAUAGUUUCUCAAAUCAUAUUAACUUAUUGUCUGAUAUCUAACACUAUCAAUAUACCCUUACAAACUCGAUAAUUUGACCAUGGUCAAUGCCAUUAAGACAUAAACAUUUUUCCUGUUUGCUAUUUCUCUGUAUAUUUUUCUAUUUAGUAAAUUGGUAUUUGGUAUGGACAUGUACCUUUUUCCAGGCGUCAGGUUCAUUUGGUUAAUACAAAUAUCUUAGGAUAGCAUAAUUCGUUUUCAACGGUACCUCUUGUUUUAAUAUAAUUUAUCAUAAUUUUAGCGCGUUUAGCUUAGUUGUGCCAAAAGUGAUUAAAAUGGAAGCCAUGAAUAAUUGCUAGACAAUGAUUAUAUUUUGCGUCACUGAAUUAAACUGCGAUAUUGGGAAGCACACAUUACAAAAGAAUGGCAUGGAUUUUGACCCUAAAAUUGGUAAACAGUCGCUAGUAAAUGUCAAAAAAUAUAUUUGUAAUACGAUUAUCACGACGUCGUCAUGAUUAUUUUUCUAAAGUAGUUAAGCUGAUUUAAGAUUGAUUAUUAGUAACACAUAUAUAGUUCGAAUGUAUCUUUUUCGGAUAUAUACGAUGAAAGUUCUUUACAUAACGUCAUAUUUUAAGAGGAUUGAAAAGGGACUAAAAAUAAGGAGGACUAGAAAAAGUCUUAAAAUAACGCCUGUCCCUUGUUAUAGAAAUUGAAAUAUUGCUCGGUUGAGAAUUGUCAGAAACAAGAUCGGUCUAAGCAGUGUUUUUUGAUCUAUUUUACAAUGGUUUGGAGGUUGGAUACGCAGGAAUCGGUUACAUGGGUCGUAGGCAUUCGUGAUAACAGUCUUUGCAUCAAAAUGACAAAUAUGUGUUAAAUAACCGAUGAACACUGCUCAGAUUAAUGUUAUUUCGCUUCUAACAUGACAAGGAAAUGACAAAAUAAAGGAGAUAACUAGCGUUCCUUUUCAGUUAAAAGCUCUCAAAUCCCAUGUUUUGUUCUAUGUAGCACCCUUCUUUCUAAAAACAAAGACAAAAAUACAAAAGCUACUGUUUCAUUUUUGUAUACAACUACAUUGUAUUUUCUAUUCUGUCAGUAUUGUUUUAACAAUUUAUCAGCAAUUUAAAUGUGCACAUCGGCUUGAUAUUCUAGUUUAUAGAUGAAUGGUGUAUGUUUAUAAAAACAUAAAAUGAACUCUCCAUGUAUUGGUUGAUGUUUGUCAUUAUAAUAUAAUAUGAGGAGAAAACAUAGUAGGAACAAAAAUUGACAAUACAAUACUUCAUGAAUAAUGUCAAGGUUUAUGGAUCUUAUUAAAGACUUUACAAAUAAUGUAGCCAACAUCUUAGAUAUUCUUGAAUAUUGUGUGCUAAUGUGUUAAACAUUUGUAUCAUAUAGUUCUAUGCCUCUUCUUUUUUAUUUUGAUCUCAUGUAUUAAUAUUGUAUUUGAUGUUUUCAUGGUAAUGUUGAGCUUGUCUGAAAGCAUUUUUGUACUUGUCAAUGUAUGUACUUCUUUCUUUCCAGUUGAGUUAUAUUAUUAUAAAUAAAUCGAAAAUAAAGUUAAA